ACAACAACAACAAAAAGCGACAACUCUUCUCUCUCUCUCUCUCUCUCUCUCUCUCUCAAAAAACUCUAUUUCUUUCUCCAAAAACUCUCAUGCAUACCCUUUGUGCAUUCCAAACCCAACCAUGGUCCCCAGAGAUGGGAGACCAUAUUGGGAUGGAGAGUUGCGUUGACCUCGAACAACCACCACAAGACGGCGAACAAGUGGUGGCGCAAGAUGACGAUGAGUGUAGUUGGCGGCGGCGGAAUAAGCGGCGGUGGGAGGAGAGGAGGAGAGAGAAGGAAUAUCCGCCGCCGAUAGCAUCGCAGAUGCCGUGGGUGAUGAAGAGGUACUAUACAUCGGACGGUAGGCUGAUCAUCAAUGAAGAGAAGGUGGCCCACCAUCACUACUUCCGGGCCCACCGCUCCAACGGCCGCCUCACCCUCCAACUCGUCGCGUUUCACGACCACAUCGAUGACGUGGAUCAUGAGAGAGAAGACGAAGAUGAUAAUAAUAAUAAUAAUAAUAAUAAUGUGGAAUCCAAUCUGGAUCUUGAUCAUCAUUAUAAUGAUAAUAAUAAUGAUGAUGAUGAUGAUGAUGAUGAUUGUGGUGGUGGUGAUGAUGGUGAUGAGAUUGGGAAAGAUCGGAUGGUGGAGGAAGAAGCGGAAGCGGUGAAGAUAUGGUUUACGCCGUCGCCAACGGUGGUGAUUGGUGGUGGCGGAGGAGGAGGAGCGGGGAAGUGCUAUAGAUAUAGUAGUUUGAGAUCAAAUAAUCACCCGUGUAUGUUUGGAAUGCCAGUACCUGCAAUCAGACCUGUUCAUAUCUAGCAUUUAGAGACUACUAUUAUGAAUCAUAGUAUUUGGUUCUAGGUCACACCUUCAUUAUUCAUUAGAUUUAUGCUGUUGUCUGGUUUUGAGUUUUGAUUCAUGCAUGUUUCUUGGAGUUUUUGGGACCACAUUGCCGGCAUUAGGGUUUAGGAUUUUUUUGGGAUCAGUUUCAUUUAUUUAUUUAUUUUUGUUCAUGCUCAGUGUUUAUUCAGAG